CUAUUUUCUUUUUCCCGGUGAAUUGUGGGCAAUCAUUGGUCCUCCGAGCUUUUCGAGUCUGCUGCUCCACCAUUGGAAAAGAUGGCUGCCUCGGCUCCAUCGGCGGUUUUCUCCGAUUUGUGCCCAAGCUACGCCGUGAUAUGCUCUUUUCUAGAGCGUUAUGGAGCUUUGCUGGAUCUACCGGAGCUCACAUUUCCGCAGUUGGAGAGAUAUCUCCAAGACACAUCUUCAGUUCCAAAGCUCUUGGUGGACCUUCAUGUGAAGUUGCUGAGGAAGAUUGGCAAGUCGGUGUCUGCAGACAGAUGGGAGAAGUACAUUGUGAAGGUGUGCCAUGAGUUCAACAGUACCUGGGCAUGGGAACUUGAAAAUAAAGGAUACAAAGACAUGUCUGUGGAGUGUAAGACUGGAAUCCUCAAACACUUAUGUGAGUGCCAGUUUGAUGACAAUGUCAAGUUCAAGACUGCAAUUAAUGAGGAGGAUCCUGAUAAGAUGCGGCUCCAUCCCAUUGGCAAGGACAAGGAUGGCCUAAUGUACUGGUUCCAACUUGACCAGGAUAACAAUGUGAGGGUCUAUGUGGAGGAGCAGGACGACCUGGACGGGUCCUCCUGGAAGUGCAUUGUCAGAGACAGAAACAGCUUGGCUGAGAUCCUGGCACAGCUGAAGACUCAAAUCGACCCAGCACUGUUGACAAAGAAAGAAGGAGAGGAGGAAGAUGAGAACAAGAAGACUGGCGGAGAAGGGGAAAUUAAAAAGACAGAGGAUACCUCAGGGGAUGAAGAGGACAAACUCUCCAAGGAUACAGCUUCUUUAGUGUCCCCAAAAACAGAGAAUACAGAAAGAAAAUCCCCAAAAGAGGAAUCAAAGCUGGACGAAUCAGAUGCCAAAUCCCCAUCGAAUGGCCUCAAAGACAACCAAGUCGAGUCAGAGUCAACAAGACAAUCCGAGAAGCCAAUGGUGGAUGACAAGGCCACCAUUAACACCCAGGCCAUCAAAGAAGAGCUGAUGGAGGUGUCAGAAUCCAAGGAGAGCACAGCCACAAGUGCUACAGAGCCUUUUGCGGAGAAACAUUGUGUGGCGCCACAGACAGAACAGACUGAGGAAGCCAAGAGGAAGACUGCAGAGGAGCUCCAAAGGGUGAUGAAGAAUGACCAGCAGGCCAAAAUCCCCUUGAAAAAGAGAGAGAUGAAACUUAGUGAAGAUUUUGAUAAUAGUAGUGGCGGUGGCAGUAGAAUCAUUGUGCGUAACCCAUCUGUUGCUCCUGUCAAAGAAGCUCCUAAAGUUGAGGAGACAAGUAAAGAGGUCUCUGUUGCCCUGGUGGGGACGAUGGAGACUAAAAGUGAUCAAGUGAAUGGUGAUGCUCAGCCUGUCACAGAAAAAAGUGUCAAUAAGGGAAUGAGAGAAUCUCCUAAAGAGAUGGGAAUACAGAGAGAUUCUGCUGAUAGCAAAGAACAGCAAACAAAAGCUGUUGCUAGGGAAGAAUGUGAAGCAGCAGAAGCUAGUGAAAAAGAGAAAACAAAUCUGUCCCUGGCCAUGGACAAAAAGGAAGGGCAGAUGGCAGGCAAUGCUGAGGAGCCCAUGGAGGUGGCCAUGGCCGAUGAAACGAACCUACAGAAAACUGUUCCAGCCCCAAAGGCAGAGAAGGAAAGCACUGAAGCACUGAAAAAAUCAUCCCUAAAAGAGGCUAAAUCUUCAUCCCCUCUGAAAAAGCCAUUGACUUCAUCUAAGGAUGCAACAAGCACACCGGAAAAGUCCUCUGAUCUUAAAGAGGAACAAAAAGUCAAGGUAUCCAAGUGGGAUGUGAAAGUGCGUCGUACAGAACACAAGACAUCCACAUCAAUAGAAACAGAUAAAACCCCUUUAUCUAGUAAGUCACAGAAACCAGAUGAAACUAAAGGAACAGAUUCAUCCAUUGCAUUUCAAGAGGUAAAUGUGUCUGCCUUUAAGGAAACAGUUGUCCAUAAAGACAGUUGUCCUCUUUCUGUAGUGAAAGAGAUGGAAAAAACAUCCUUCAUAAAAGCCACAGAAAUGUUGUUGAACCCUAAAAACCCAGAAACAUCAGUCAUCACUAAACAAACCGAGAGACCUGAUCCCAUUACAGAUAAACCAGAAAGCUCAAAACGCCCUGAGUCGCCAGCAGUCAUAAAAAAUACAGAGAAUCCAUCUAACAAAGAGAGCGCAGAGAAAUGUGAUGGUUCUAAUGACCUCAAAACAUCUUCUGUCAUUAAAAAGACAGAGAUUUCAGAAAAGAGUAAAGAUGCCAAGAACCUGGCCAGCUCUAAAGAGACCAAUACAUCCUCAUUACUUAAAAAGGCAGACAAACCAGUUCCCAAUAAAGAAGCAGAGAAACUGGAGAGCACUAAAGAGACUAAUAAAUCGUUGGUCAUUAAAAUGACAGUGAAACCAGAGGCAUCUAAACAUACAGAGAAAUGUGAUACCCCUAAAGACAUUAUGUCAGCUCUCACCAAGGAGAAACCUGCUGUCAGUGCUGUAAGCACAAAUACAAAUGUUGCCCCUGAGGUGAAGAAGAAAAACGUCCCGGAGAAUGACUCUAAGAAAAUAGCCAUCUGUAAAGAUGAGACGAGAGCUGUUGCAGCAGUGACUGAGACACAAUCUGGCCCUAAAGACGUGGAGAUGGCAGACAUCUUUGAGAAAUCAAACCAAUCCCAACUGGAAGGACCCAAACAGGUAGAGAAAUUGGGUAUCCCUAAAGACACAUUGAAAUCGACAAUGCCUAAAUACGCAGAGAAAUCUGCUAAACUGGCUACGCCUAAAGACGCAGAGAAAUUGGCUACCCCUAAAGACGCGGAGAAAUUGGCUAAGCCUAAAGACGCGGAGAAAUUGGCUAAGCCUAAAGACGCGGAGAAAUUGGCUACCCCUAAAGACGCUGAGAAAUUGGCUACGCCUAAAGAAGCGGAGAAAUUGGCUACGCCUAAAGACGCGGAGAAAUUGGCUACGCCUAAAGACGCGGAGAAAUUGGCUACCCCUAAAGACGCGGAGAAAUUGGCUACCCCUAAAGACGCGGAGAAAUUGGCUACCCCUAAAGACGCGGAGAAAUUGGCUACCCCUAAAGACGCGGAGAAAUUGGCUACCCCUAAAGACGCGGAGAAAUUGGCUACGCCUAAAGACGCGGAGAAAUUGGCUACGCCUAAAGACGCGGAGAAAUUGGCUACGCCUAAAGACGCGGAGCGAUUGGCUACGCCUAAAGACGCGGAGCGAUUGCCUAAAUCGACUAUGUCUGAAAAAGCUGGGAAAUCUGCUACCCCUAAAGACACUGAGAAAUUGGCUACCCCUACAGACGCUGAGAAUUCAGCUAAAUCGGCUACACCUAUCCCUGAAGACGCGGAGAUAUUGGCUACUCCUGAAGAAGCGGAGAAAUCGGUUAACACUAAAGAUACUGAGAAAUUGGCUACCCUUAAAAACACAGAGACUGCUUCUAAAAAGAUUGAAGAUUUCACAAUCUGUGAAGGACAGAAACCAGAUGCCUCUAAAGAAACUGAGAAACUGGCAGACAUAAUGCCAGCUGCAGCAAAAGGAGAGAAACAUGUCGCCUUUGAGGAUUCUAAGCAAUUACCUUCUCUCAAAGAGUCUGUCCCAGUGGGGAGGAAACAGGAAGAGCCUAUGGAAAUAAGUUUGGAAAAGUCAACAGAUGACAAUGUAAUUAUUAGGGGACAUGCCGAUAAAGGCUGGACAAAGACGUCUGUUAAAAGUGGAGAGAAUUCUGAGAGCGAGCCUAUCAAAGACUCAAACUUCAUGGACUGUAAUGCACCAUCAAAAAAACAGGCUACCAGCAAGAAGGCAUCAUCUCUCACUGAUGCUGAAGGUGAGACAGACAAAAGCCAGGUCAAAGUAAUCAAGGAAGAUGCCACAGCACAGGGAUGCCCUAAAGAGGAUGAGAAGGAAGAUGAUCAGGCUAAGAAAAACGACCAAAAGGAGGAUGAUGGUGCUGAGAAAGAUAACUCAACUGUAGCAGAGAAACUGGGUGAGGCAAAAGCAAGUAAAGGGUCUGAGAAUAAAGAGGAUGAAAAAAAGGAUGCAGGUACAACAUCAGAGAUCCAAGAGGAGGGGAUUCGCCUCAAAAUACGGGGAAUUACUCAUCGAAGGAAAGCUGAGCUCCAGAGAACGGAGAGGGACUCGGGGUCCGAUACUGGUGAGACUGGGAGAUCCCUGAGGAGGUCACCCAGGAUUUGCAGGCCAACCGCUAAGGGGGUGGAGUUCCAGGACAGGAGGCUGGAGAAAAAAGAGACCACGCCCCCUGAGGAGGAGGACGAGGAGGAGGAAACUGUUCAGAGGAAACCGAGAGAAAAGCUUGAUCAAGAUGGACAGUCCAAAUCUAAGGGGCGACGGAGGAGAAAGACCCGGUGGUCCAACACUCGAACACGACGGCGCAAAAAGAAUGGUUCUGGUGAUGACAAUGAAAGCGAAUCAAGCGAAGAGGAGAGUGAGGAGGAUGACAGUGAUGAGAGCUUUAAGGUGGAGAAGGGCAAGAGGAAGUGGAGGAACCGGAACAGAGAAAGGCACAGCAACGACUCUGACACCUCCUCGGAUGAUGACCUCCCUCCUAACGAAGACCCCUGCAAACACUGCGGCCUCCCCAACCAUCCCGAGCUGAUCUUGCUAUGUGACUCGUGUGACAGUGGCUACCACACGGCCUGCCUCAGACCCCCUCUCAUGAUCAUCCCAGAUGGGGAGUGGUUCUGUCCACCCUGCCAACAUAAGCUACUCUGUGACAAGCUUGAGGAGCAGCUUGCUAAUCUCGAUGCUGCCCUGAAAAAGAGGGAUCGCGCUGAGCGAAGAAAAGAACGUUUGGUCUAUGUUGGAAUAAGUGUCGAAAACAUCAUCACUCCCUCUUUGGAGGUAGAGGAAGAAAGGGAGGAAGAAAAAGAGGAAGAAGUGAAGAAGGAGAAGAAGGAGAAGAAAGAGAAAAGCAAGAGCUGGGGUCGAAGGUCGACAAGGGCAAAGAAAAGCAUAAGUUACAGGUUUGAUGAAUUUGAUGAGGCUAUCGAGGAGGCAAUUGAAGAAGACAUCAGAGAGGCUGAUGGUGGAGGAGCUGGUCGGGGCAAGGACAUGGCCAACAUCACAGGCCAUAGCAGAGGGAAGGACAUGUCCACCAUCCUGGCAGCAGGCGAGGUUGGUGAGGGCAAGGAGAAUGGAUGCCCGCCACGGCCCAACGCCGGCCAGCGCAAGAAGAAGCGCCGGCGUCUCAACGACCUGGACAGCGACAGCACUGUGGAGGAGGAGGAGAGCGAGGACGAGUUCCGUCUCAGUGACAGUACGGAGGAAGAGGAGUUUGUGGCGUCAGACAAGAGCGACGCAGAGAGCGAAGCGGCAGUCGACUCUAACGACGACAGUGACUUCGGCAGCACGCGACGCAGAACUGCCAGGACAAGGAGGCCGGCCAAAUGUCAAAGGAGCACUCGGCCGCGAAGGCGCCGCAGAGCGAGAGGGUACUCAGACGAUGAAGAGGAGGAGACGAGUGAUGAAGAUGAGGACGAAAUUAUGUCAGAGGGUUCCAGCGAGUUCAGCGACAGCGACCUGGACUGUAGCCAACGCCGAUCCCGCCGAAGUCAUACAAAGAGGCAGGUCAACUACUGCGAGUCGUCCGGCGACUCCGAUGGCUCAAAGGCCGGCACCAACCGGGACAAAGUCAAACCGCGGAGGCGCCUCGCCAGCUCCGACAGCGAAGCAAGCUCCUCCAGAGGCUCGGACGACGGCAAGAGGGAGAGGACUAGGUUGAAGAGGAGGGCUGACUCGUCUGAGGAAGAGUCCCAGCAGCGCCGCAGACGCCUCUCGCUGAAACGGAGGCGAGCCUCCGAGGAGGACGAUGACGAUUCCGAUGAAUCAUCGGAGGGAGAGCGUCCGGUCCGCAAGCGUGUGAACCGCAUCGACUCGGACGACUCUGACAAGGAGGAGGAGAAGGAAGAAACAAAGGAAGAGGAGGAAGGGGGGGUGCUGGGGAAGGGAGCCAGCCCAUUGGACUACAACCUGGUGGAACUGCACCCCCCUACCAACGGACAGAGUCCCAUCAAGGCCCUGGAGGGCCUGGCUCACAUUGGGCCCCAAAAACCUGGAGCCACAGCCGUCACCAUAGCGCCCAACGGACUGGAGUUGGCGCCACAGGACGAUGAUGAAGAUGACCUGCUGGGGGUCACAGACCUAGUGGACUUUGUCUGCAAUAGUGAUGUGUUGUAAAACAAAGUUGUACGUUUGUUCAUUUCUGUAGUAUUAUAUAUUUUUUUUAUAUUAUGUUUUUUUCUCCACUGAAGUCGUCCACCGUUUAUUUCUGUCCUCUCUUCUUGUUUUUGUUUUGUUUUUUUCAAUUCAUCCUCCUUAUCCCCUCCUCAGUGUGGCCCCACCCAUCCAUAUGAACUGGAUGCCUUACAGGGAGAAGUUAAUUCUCUUCACUCUUCGCACCUCUCGCAGUUGGAUUGUACAGUCAUUGAGAGCACUAACUCUAAAGGUUGUUUUGUGGUACGUGAAUUAGCUUUGUCUUAUCCUCUGUACUCCGUCACCGAUGGACAUGCGGGUCAGAUACUUGACUACAAAUGAACCUACCUGUUUCUCCAGCCAACUUCCAGGGUUCUC